AUGGCCAAGCUCCCGUCGAAGGUGCACCUCACCUCGCACCCCAUCUGUCUGAAGAUCCGUGGCCCCUUGAUGUAUGAGGACGAGAACCAGCACACGUGGCAUCAUUUUGUCAUGGACCGAGGAGGUGACCUGCAAGUACGGUUGUGCCAGGUGAACAUCCCCAGUGGGCAUAUGGCACUCACCACCAGCCCGCUGACCUCGAGCACCAUGCCUUCGAUGUGGACACUACACUUUGGCAGACGGUACCUGGACUCCAUGGGCCGGUUCUGGCGCAUCGUGCACCACGUCAAGGAGGAUGACAUGGAGGAAAUGAUCCUUAAGCUGAUGAAAGUUUCGUAG